AUGAACGGCGCGGAGUCCCCCCGCCGCUGCUUCGCUUGCGGAAUCUCAGGCAUCAGCCUACAGAGGAAGAGCAGGGGCGGCGACGUUCGGAGAAUGGACGCCGAUGCCCUGGUCACCCUGCUGAAUUCUGAUGAGGAGCGCCCCAGAAACACGGCGCUCCUGAGGGUGGUCGAAAUAACGAAGGAGGGUGAUGCCAGGUCAAUGGGGCUGGUCCAUGCAGGAGCCAUUCCCGUUUUGGUGCAGCUUUUGGCAGAGGAAGACGUCGCGCUGCACAUCAAAGCAUACGUUGCAGCAGCACUGUGUAAUCUUUCACAAGAACCAGCAACCCAUCCAAUUUUUGCAUCAAGCGGUGCAAUCAAGGACAUUGUCGAAUAUGUUGCACCAAGCCACGAGGUCCUGUCAGGGGCCUGUGCAAUAAUGCUUGGCAAUCUGAUGAUGUCUCACAUCCUCGAGAGGCAAAUGCUGGAGACAGGGGCUGCAGGCGUGUUGGUCAAGGGCUUGGCAUCCUGCACGGAAUUUGAGAUCAGUUGUGCAAUGGUCGAUGCCCUUGCAACCCUAGCAUCCAGAAAGGACCUAAGGGCUGACUUGAUUGGGUCCCUGGGGAUCGAAGUGGUCACGUAUGUCCUGCACAACUUGGCACGCUCCCAUUUCUGCACCCAAAAUGUGAGCUCCCCAACAUCACCAGAGGCCGGAACCAGCCAGUCGAGUGUUGGAAGCGGACAACCUGUCUUCAGUGUCAGGCCCAUGCGAGAUCCUCUCCUUGCAUGGAGUCCCAGGAGCGUAGAUUCUGAAGGCUACAACAACCAGGUGGGGGCUUCAGCACUCGAUUCUUACAGUUCUGAGGACGAGACCCCAAGGAAGGUUGGAUACAUAUUGCAGCCAAACAACCCGCCUAUGCAGCCAGACCUGCAAGACACAUAUGCAAGGCAUGGACGUAUUGGAAGGAAGCCACUCAGCCCAGCGGAAAAGAUCCCUGAGUUUCACAGCACGGAGGUUACUAGAGUGGAAAAACUCAUGAACCUGCUUUUUGCGCUUGUGGUUAACUGUGAGGAGUCUUGCAAGCGACUGGUGGCCCUAGAAACAGGCGUUGAAGUUGUGGCAUACUGGGUGAAGCAAGGGAACCCAUACAUCAGGGCACACCAAGAGCAAGACUGCUUGUGA